AUGGUCAAACGAGCAUUCGAGGAAGAACAUGAUCAACCCCCGCAACAAACCGCAACGGUAUCAACAACGCGCAAUAAGCGAAAACGUGUUGAACAUGUACAACCACGGCAAGCUGGAAGACCCACCAGGGAAGAAACACUGAUUAGAAUAGGUGAUGAGCAGAACAAUAUGGAAGCACUACAGCUAAGUAGUCGUGAACUAAUCCUACCCGGUAGUGGUGAUGAGAAUAAAAAAUCAAGAACGAUUUUAACAAAAUGUAAACAGAAUAUUGUUGUUGAAACCCACAAACAAUACUUAACGUACGAUCUGUUUGCAGAUAAUAGAAAAAAAGCCUUAGAAACAAUCAGGGAACAACGAGAUACGCUAUCUAAAAUUAGUACUAACUAG